AUGGCAUCUCAAUCUACACCUCAAAGAGAGCCUAUCAGCGCAUCAGAGAUCUUUCCGAGCGUGGACAAUCAAGCUCUUGAAGUUCCUCCAGGAGUACCAAGAUUGACAUACCAGAGUCUCACGAGCUCCACCAGCUUUCGUCUACUUCAGAUCCUAUCAGACGGCGGCCAAGAUAUUCUUCGCUGCAGGAUGUUUGAUGCUGAUCUCGCUGCACAAGAUCCUCCCCGAUACAUCGCAUUAUCCUAUACGUGGCACGAAGAGAGUCUGCCAAAGACCUUCCGGCCUGUGUUGAUCAACAACCAGUAUCUCAACGUCAGCCUGAAUCUCUGGAACUUCCUCCAGAAUUACCGCGAAACAGCAGGCGAGCGCGUAAUUUGGAUCGAUCAGAUAUGCAUUAACCAAGAUGACACAGACGAAUGUAUUCAGCAAAUAGGGCAGAUGUGUGAGAUCUAUCAGAGUGCUUCUAUGGAUCUCUUUUGGAUCGGCGAGCCGGGAGAGAACGCAGAAACAGUCUUUGAUCUUCUAUCAUCCUUAAAUCGCCUGGAGAUGCAUCUACUUGAGUCCGGAGGUUCUCGCCCUGGGAUAAACGCUCUGCUUAACCCCAUUUUUAUGACGGCAAUCGGCCUACCAAUGCACAAUAACCCAAUAUGGGGCUCUCUCAUGCAGUUUAUAUCGCGAUCCGCGUUUCAGCGAGCCUGGAUCAUCCAGGAAAUCGCAGUAUCUCGAAAUCCAGCUAUAUUCUGCGGCCUGUUGAUGCUUCCAUUCGAUGUUGUCGGGAGAGCUGCGACUUUCCUCGUUGAGAGCUCUUGGAUUAAACUAUUCCACGAUAUGUACCAGGUCUCUGGUGCAGCGGGCUUCAUUACGGGUAUGAUGAACUGCCGGGUGCGACAUCAGGAAGGAGAGCGCCAGAGCUUAGACCUUCUGCUGGCAUCGACGCGGCGCUUCAAAGCUACUAAGCCAGUGGAUAAGAUAUUCGCUCUCAUAAAUCUAUCUGAGAGCGGGAGGGCAGAAGCGCUACCGCCGGCACUUAGACCAGAUUAUCGAAAGUCCGUUGUCGAAGUCUUUCGAGAUGUCACUCUUCAUCUCAUCCGCCGAGGUUCCCUUGACAUCCUUUCCGGUAUCGAAGAUGUUAAGCUUCGGCAGAUUCAUGGGCUUCCAAGUUGGGUACCGGACUACAGCGUACAUCAAGUUGCCUCUAUUCUCUGUAUGCCACCGCGACCUGGAUGGUUUACUUUGUAUGCCGCUGCAGCAGGACGGCAUGUCAGUGUCCAACAUUCGCCUUCAGACCCAAACAUCCUAACGUUGUCGGCAUACAGAGUCGACAGGAUAUCCAAGAUAUCUCCUAUAGCAGAGCAGUCGAUCUACGGCACUCUAGAGAAGUGGGCGAGUAUGGUAGAUUUCAAUGCACCGUACCCGAGCAUCGAGGGCGAGUCCGGUGCAAUGAUUGACGCCUUUUGGCGCACACUGAUCGGAAAUGUUGGUUUUGGAACAAGUUCUUACCCUGUCAGUGAAGAUUGGGUUUCCAAUUUCGCCGCGUUUGUAUUGCAAGCUCGGGAAAAAGUCCAGGGGCGCUUUGCGAAUUCGCCCGAUGCAGACGUGGAGAGCCCGAGUUUGACACCUGGUAUCGACUCACUUCUUGACGUGUUGAAAGAGGAUCGUCGCGUGAAGGAGGAGGCUUUGGAUCAAGAUGAAGGUCUUUACGAAAGUACCAUGCACCAUGUCUCUUGGUAUAGAAGAUUGUUUCUUACCGAAGGCGGGCUCCUGGGUCUCGCGCAUCCAUCUGCACAAUCAGGAGACGAAGUGGUACUUCUUUCUGGCGGGCGUGUACCCUUUGUGGUCCGGAAAAUCGAUCUGAACGGCCAAGCCUACUAUCAUCUCGUGGGGGAAAGUUACGUGCAUGGAAUCAUGGAUGCGGAAUUGCUAGGCACUGCGGACAACAAAUGGGAGGACUUACACAUUAGAUAA